CCUACGUUUCUAUUAGCCCGUCAGUAUAAGCCCCACCCACUCCUGACGAGCAAUAAUAGCCCUUUAAUUACACGUUUAGCAACGAGAACGUUAGCUUUACAGCAAAGAUGAUAAACUGGAAGGCUUUGGAAAAUGUCCCCCUCCUGUUUUACAUCCUGGCCCUGAAGACGCUGCUGCUGUGCCUGGCCUUUGCGGGGGUGAAGAUCUACCAGAGCAGGAAAGCAGAGCAGGUCCUGAAGAUGCAGCAGGCUGAGAGGAGGAGGCUGGCCCAGCAGACACAGGAGCUCAUCGACAACCUGAAGGAGGACUAAGGAGGACGUAGUCGGGUUACGGAGCAACUUUAUCCCAAAGCGACAGAUCUCGGACUACCGAGCUUCAGGAGACCGAUGAUGGCUCCAGCACUGGGAAGUCUGAACCACCAUGUUAGUUUUAUACCUUAUGUAAAUGUUUGAUACAUUUUCAAAGAAGGAGUCACACAAACUCGUGGAGGAAGACCAGGACUCGACCACAGAAAACCUCAGAAUCAUCGAAACUCCCAACCUUCACCUGAUUUGACCAGAUUCACACAGAGUUUAUGAAAACCAGUAAAAGGCUUGUAAAAGCUUCAAAACGGAGUUUAUCAUGGAAGAACGUUUUCUAUGAAGAAGCUUGCAGCUUUUUUAUCAUUUAUAAUAAACUGUUUUCUACAGGCAA